AAUGAAGAGAAGCUACAUAUCGGCAUCUAACUUCAAACCCGAUCUGGACAGGGCAGCGCCCGUGAUUCUGCACUCAGCACCAAACAGCAAACUUUCUUUGCAGCCAUCGCAAAAUAUUACUGAAAUAUUAGUCAUUUUAGAAAGGUGCGCAAAUACAGCUGCACUUCACCAAGUUGAGCAUUUUAAAGCUAUUUACCCACCUCGCCAUGAAGCCCGCUUACCUGAUCCUCCUCGUGUCUUUGACGGUUUGCAACCUCACCAUGAAUCUAGGACAGAGCAUCCCUGAUGAGGAGAACAUGGAGAACAGAGUGGCUUUGGAUGAAAUGCUACAGAGAGCGGACAGUCUUUUACUCAGAUCUAUACUGAAGAAGAUAGGGGACGAUGACAGUGGGAAUGAACUAUUCUCCUCUCAACAGGAGUGGGUCUCUAAAAGGCAGCAUCCGGGAAAGAGAUAUCAAGAAGAUAUAGAAAAGCGGCAACAUCCAGGAAAACGAGAGGAGGGCGAGGACCAGGAUUACUCCGAUCUCCAGAAAAGGCAGCAUCCUGGAAAGCGGGAGGAUGAGAUGGACAGUUUCGUGGAGCUGCAAAGGAGGCAGCACCCGGGUAAGCGUACCGCACUGGACCAGUUACCAGACAGCUCUGGCUCUCAGACGGCGUACCUGAUAGAGCUUUCCAAAAGGCAGCACCCAGGUAAACGUUACCUGAUGUACGACAAACGUCAGCAUCCGGGCAGGCGCGAGCUGGGGGAGGAAACGGACUCAGGUGAGCUGCCGGACUUGGAGAAGCGUCAGCACCCAGGAAAACGGUUUUUGGAUAACACAAGCCCCGAUUACACCUUCAGCGCCCCCUGUGACAUCAAGGAUCCCGUGAGCUGCAGCAAAGCUAGCUUGUUGCUCGAGCUGCUGGACAACGCGACGAAGAGUCGAGCUGAAGAGAAGAGACAACAUCCAGGCAAAAGGUUCGCUUUCGAUGAAGAUUUGACAGAACAGGAAUAAACGCACCGAGGGGUUAAUAAAUUACACUAAUGUAAAGACCCGAAUCUCAAUAUCUCAAUCACUAUAAUAAAGAUUAUUUAAUUAUUGUUUAUUAAUUAAUGUAUUUAUUGCCCUUUCUUGCGGGCCACUUGAGUUAAGGUAGUUUCUUUGACAAACUGCUUACCCGCUGGUAGAGAUGCUUACAACAAAAACGUUAACAGAUACAGCCCCACACAAUUCAAAGCAUGUUGUACUGUUGCGCCAAUAAUUGUGCAUGGCCAUACAGUACUUCGCUAACGUCGUUAUCUUGAAGACAAGUUGUUAUAUUAUUAUUUUAUUUCACUUUAACAUUGUGGCUGUAGUUCUGUUAAAUGGGCAACGUACGGACAACAGGACAUUGUGUGAUCCCUCGAGAUAGUCUGAAACUCUUUGUAUAUCUGAUUGUACUAUUAUUGUUCGUUAUUUCAUUAAGCAUCGCAGAAGCCACAAUCCAAUUGUGCAAAGAAAAUGCCAUCAGCACACAAGUUUCGACUCUAAAGGGCGUAAGCCCAUAUUCACAGUGACUUACGUGUCCAUUUUCUGGGUUACGUCUGUUAUUAUCAUUAGAACAGGAUGUCUAAAUAACGUCGCUUGAAAAGUUAACUUUUUCAUUCACCACCUCCAUCAAAUCUGAAGAUGUCUGCAAUGCAGACAGUCAUCGAAGAAACUAUUUAUCUGUUGUAUGUUUUCACUAGUGUGCAGUUUUGUCAGUGAAGCUUGAUUAUCGCAUGUGGCCUCGGUUGGAAUAACAUAUGUCUUAGAUUUAUACUGACCAACGUUAUCUGUAGCUCAUCUGUCAUAUGGUUUUAACCGUCAAGUCCUAUGUAAAAUACAAAUGAACAAUAUU